ACCAUGGCCGGCAACACUGCAUUUGUCACUGGUGCUAAUACGUUUCGACUUGAAACGCUGAAAAAGCAUACAGUAUCGAGAAGACACAUUAUAUGCCGCGAUAAAUGCACUGCCCAAAUGUCCCCUCUUCCCACUGCCUUUCAGCGGCAGGCAGGAGUAAACAGGUCAUCGGAGGAGGCCGAGAUGAUCAUUAAGUUUAACAUCGCCUACAAUAUUGCAAAAGAAGAAGUUCCGUUUACUAAGUUCAAGUCAGAAAUAACUCUUCACAAGAAAAAUGGCUUGGACAUAAACCCCACAUACAGCAAUGAUGUUGCGUGCGCCCAGUUUAUAGGCGUCAUCGCUGACACACUGAAAAAAAAGACGUCAGUGGAAAUUGCGAACAGUGCAUACAUGGCAUUCCUGAUCGAUGGAGACACAGACAUCGCCACAAAAGAAUGCGUCAUUGUGUACGCUCGUAUCUUGCAAAAAGGAAGACCAGUGAAUAUACUGAUUGGACACAUUGAGGUCGAGCAUGCCCAUGCCAAAGGUGUUUAUGCUGCCUCAAAGAAAGCAUUUGCUGCUCUUGGGGACCAGUGCAGUAACUGGUUGGAGAAAAUCAUUGCUAUGGGGGCUGAUGGUGCUGCUGUUAACUUGGGCAGCAAAGGGGGUGUCAUAGCCCUUCUGCAGCAGGAGGCAGGUGACCACAUUGUGCCAUUCCACUGUAUGCCUCACAGAUUGGAAUUGGCAAUGUUGUCAGUUCAGAGGGACAUUCCAAUGAUCAGGCAGUUGUAUGACCUUCUCCAUUUAAUUUGGAAGACGUAUCAUUUCAGCCCAAAAUCAAUGAGAGAGCUCAGGGUCAUUGGGGCUGACUUGGGAGUAAAUGUGCUGGUGCCCAGUGGGGUGAAGGGAACAAGGUGGCUCCCACAUGUUUCAAGGGCCCUGGAGACCUUUCUGAAACCAGGCCAGUUCACUACUGUGUACCGCCACAUGGACUAUUUGGCAGGUUCCUCUGCCAAUGCAGACAUUGCAGGCCGAGCUACAAAGGUUAAGAAAUCAAUGGAAGAUGCCACUUUUUUGGCCUUUUGCCAUUUUAUUACAGAUGUGUUCAGUGGCAUUAGUAAGUUUAGCCUCCUACUUCAAAGAAAUGAUGUCAUCCUACCACAGGUCAUUUGCAGCCUGGAACAACUGCUGGUGACCACAGAGGUAAUGGUUGCAAGACCCAAGCCUCAUGGAAGACUGUCAGAGUUCCUGACUGAUAUGAGGCUGCAGAGGAGGCUAAAGCAGGAUAAAGAGGGUGAAAUGGCAGUCUACAAAUUCCAGACAAUAACACUCAAAGGAGAGGCAUCAAAUCUGGCUGAAGAUGGUGUUGCUGCCACUAAACUUAAAAAAGUAAUGGAUGCAACAAUCAAAUCCACUGUGAAAAAUCUGAAAGCAAGAUUCAGUAGUCUCCUAGAGGAGAGUGCUUCUGAGUCAGCCACAACCAAAGCUGUCAAAUGCUUCAACAUUUUCACUCAUGAUAGCUGGCCAGAGAACAAAGAGGAUUUAGUGGACCAUGGUGCUGAUGACCUUGCUUUUCUCUUGGAUCACUUCUCCACAGUCCUGAGAAGAAAUAGUGUAAAUGCAGAGCUUGCAAAAGAAGAGUUUGUAAGUUUGAAGCUGUUAAUUGCCAAGAUGUUCAAAGACAAGACCUACCUCAGCCUUUGGGAGCUCAUGUUGACCAGAGAGCCGUACUGCUCAGAGUACAAGAACAUCCUGCAUCUUGUACACAUUAUGCUGGUCCUACCUGUCUCAGCUGCGGUAUGUGAAAGAGGGUUCUCUGCACAGAAGAGAAUUAAAUCAGACACAAGAGCAUCCCUUCAUUCAGAGACAGUGGAUGACCUGAUAAGAAUCAGUGUGGAGGGGCCAAGUCUGGAAGAUUUUGAUGCUAGAGAGAGUGUGGCAAGCUGGUUCACCCAAGGUGAAAGAUCAAGAAGACCAAAUUACAGGAGCUGGCCAUCUGAGGGGCAUGUGACUGCAAUGGAGGACAGUCCAUAAGAUAACAAGUUGUUCGGAUAUUGAAAUGUUCAGAUUGAAGCCUUUGACACUUUGAGUAACUUUUUAAUUUAGAUGUUUUUUUUAUUUAAUAUAUCUUGAGAUGUUUUAAAUUUCGUUAAUGUUGAAAUUUCAGCUCAGUGAAGCACUUUAAGCACAAGCAUGUUUAAGUAAUCUUUCUUGUAGAACUUUGCUACAAAUAAAGAGCUUUGUGUUGAAA